AAAUAGUUGGAAAUAGUUGGAAGAUCCCCCCCUUAACAAGAGAGUCCCCCAAUCCCCCCCCACAAAUCCCGGCUCUUGAGUGCGGCGAGUGAGAUUCCGACCGACCCGCCACGCCAUCCAGUCCCUGGUUGGGUUGUCAAACCCAUCAUCCCCGCCCACCGGAACCUCUACGUAUUCGGAACCGAUUCGCCCGGAAAUCAUGAAUUCCAACACGAAAUCCCAAUCAUUGUCGACGAUCACAAGCCUGGUGAGCUCUCGCUUCGACGAAUUAUGGUCGCUGUGGUCGCAAAUGGACCUGGAUCCACGGGCUUUGACGGAUCGGGUCUCGAUCGUGGAGCGCGAAAUGACCAAGCAUUUGGGACGCAUGAUCCACGAAGAGGAGGGAUACGUGGCCAAGAUCACGGAUCUCAUCGAGGCUCACGCCAGAGAGCGACAUCGACUGACCAAGGAAUUGGGCACACACGUCACGGAUCCGGAUCCGGAUUUGGGACUUAUCAAGCUUGAGAAGGAGCUCCGCGUGCAAGUCAGUGAGUUACGGACCGAGAAAGAGCAUCGCAUGGAGGAGGUGCUCCAACUCAAACGGAGCGACGAGGCGCUCUGUCAAAGUAUGGAGGUCGAGCCCUUCCCUAUCGCCACCGACCUCAUCCCCACUGACACCCAAAUGAGCGCGCUCAAGGCUCACAUUCGUGACAUGCAGACGCUCAAGAACCAACGCUCGGCCCAGUUUUCCGACAUGAAGUUGGCCAUCAUCGACCUGCUCGAGCGAUUGGAAGCCGAACCCAACACGACGUUUGAGCGGACCUUGGUGUGUGAAAACGAUGCUGCUUUUAUCCUGUCCACCCCAAACCUUCAGUCUGUCAAAGACAUGCUACGACGAUUGGAAGAGCGCCUGGCCGCCAACCGAGACCACGCCCAAAAUCUCCGCGAAAAGAUUUAUUCCCUCAUCCGAAAAUUGGGUCAAGAAGAGGCUGAACGGCAACGGGUCGAAAUUGAAUUGGGCGGACACUCGCCUCGCGAAAUUAAGGAGCUUCAACAAAUCCUCAACGAGCUGGAAGUGCUCAAGAGUGAGAAGAUGGAGCAAUUCAUCCAUGCCACCCGCCAAGAUCUGAUCGAGCUCUGGGAUAAAUGCUACUACAGCCAGAGCCAGCGUGACAAGUUCAGCCCCUUCUUUGACACCAACUACAACGACGAACUACUCAGCAUCCACGAAAUCGAGGUGGAGCGCCUCAAGAGCUACCACGAGGCCAAUCGUGAUCUAUUCCAGAAAGUGGCCAAGCGGCAAGAUCUGUGGAAGAAGAUGCUGGAGUUGGAGGCCAAACAAAAGGACCCCGGACAUUUGCUCAAAGCCAAAGGCAACACCCUCCUACUGGAAGAGCGGGAUCGAAAGCGGGUCAACAAGCAGUUACCCAAGAUCGAGCAAGAGCUCAUGGAUGAGAUGGCCCAAUUCUUGGAGAUCCAUGGACGGCCUUUCUUAGUGGGAGGCGUCUCUUACGAGGACUUCGUCGAGGCCCAGGUGUUCGAGCACAACCGAUUGGUCGAGGACGAGAAGCAGGCCAAGCUCGAGGCCCGGAAGAAGCAGAACUUCCACGAGACCGUUUACGGCUCCAAGCCCGUGACGCCGGCGGCCAAUCGCGCGGGUGCCAAACGUAAGGCCACGGGCCAGACGCCGGUCAACGACUCGAAACGCUAUCGACCCGAGCUCACCACCCGAUCCGUGUCCACGCUCCGAUCACCUUAUGUCAGAGCACCCCUGUCCUCGGCCAAAAAGACCCAUUCCGCCCAUCAAACCUCCAGGUACGGCCUCAGACCCCAAGCAGCCAAAAGGAAAAUCUUGGGCGACCGGAAUGAUACUUUCAUGGCCGGACACGCCUCACAGCCACCCCGGGGAGGCGUGCCCACCUGCUCGAUCACUUCCGUCGUUUCUGAUGACUUUUUUCGCGAUAUCCCACAUUCCGCCCUGACCUCCACAUUUCAAAACACACCCGAGGCAAGUUCGUUUUGUUUUUCCUCCGCCAGCACUUCUGCAUCUGCAAAUGUCGCUGCCGUUGCCGUUAACGCCUCAUGCCAAAACUUGAGGGCUCGACCUAGGAAUCUUCAUUCCAAGAACGUUGAGCACUUAUCUUCCAAGUCGACCAGCACCCUCAGAUGAGGAUUGUUAUGAUUUAUGAAUGAUGGAUGCAGACUAUUAUAUACUUAUUAAUGUCUUAGAUUUCGAAGAGCCCCAACUGACUCUGUCGAAUACACCACCCACAAAUCA